UUUGUGUGGAGGGAAUAAAAUACCCAAAAUAUUACAAAGUUUAUGGAUUUGCCCUUAUAUUUAACCUUGACAGCACCUUUCAUUGACACAGAUAGUAGUUUUAGAUAAAAGACAUUCUAAUUUACCAGAUAAUACUGCUUGACCACUGAUUAAAAACUGUAAAAAUGAAAAACAAAAUGUGACCUUUUUUCCACCGCGUUUUUCAACGAUUUAUAAGAAAAACAACAGAUGAUCACCCUUAUUUAAUAUAAUCACGUUAAUGAUUCCAAAAUCCUGUAACACCGAUGAAAUAGUUUCUGCUGUGUUAAUUUGAUAUUUAUUUAAUGACUAUAUUUGUCACAAUGCUGUCUUAAAAGUUUGUUUACAACUGGGAAAACUAACAACACGUAAGUGUUCGUUGAAAACAUGUCUUCGUGAAUAGACAACGAAAUGGAGGAAGACAUAUUGUAGCACAGAUUCAAUAUGUGAAUGCACAUUGUGCUUCACAAUUUAUUUAAUUUGACACUCGCAACACUAAAAUGGUGCUAGUUUGAAAGCCUCAGGUUGAAUGAAAGAUCGUUAUAGUGCCUUACGCCAGUUACAGCUGAUCUGCUUCAUUGCAGAAAAAAACAUUCAAGUUAAAGACUCUAGGCCCCAAGCAAACAUUAUUGGCAAUAAGUAACAUUCCUGCCUCGUUGAGGCAAUGACCAUGGUCUAGGAUGGCCACUAAUAACGCUCCAAAGCAUGACUUUGCACCGGCCUGGCUGAAGAUUCCAAACUCAGAGAAUUCUAAGCCAUCCGGACCUAAACAAGGUGAGACAAGCUUGGAGGAUAGAUCAUUCAAUCGUAGCAAUAGUAGGACGGACAGUCACUCCAUUCACAGUGUCCAGUUUGAUUUAAAUAGGCUGUAUCGUCAGCACUCGUACGAGCACUAUCGUGACGAAAGCAAGAGAUUUCCACCUGGUCCUAGCAACAAGUUCCGCCACCACUCCGUUGAUGAUGAUUACUACGCCUACUACAAUGCGGGCUACUACAACGGCUACGGCUACCAUGAUCGGUUUGGGAUGCACUACAGCUCCCAGCCGACGCUUGUUCGUAAUGGCCAGCGGGACAGCAAGUAUCAACACCCACAUGCUAGAUAUGGGGCCAGUCAGAAUAUGAAUGUCCCCUACCCCCCGUACUAUGAUUUUAUUCCACCCUACGACUACUACAAUGACCCUUACUACCCAAACUACCCAACACGAGGGGGCUCGAAACGCGCGUACUACGAGAAAGAGGGAAGAACGAAUUCAAAGGAAGGUCGCGAACGAGAAGAACGCAAAGAGCGGGAUGGCGAGAAGGAAAAACCUUUUAAUGACGACUUUCCAUCUUUAAAUGGAGAUGAAGAGAAAGGUGAUAAGAACGGGAAGCAGGUCAAUGGAACUGGUGUUUGGGAAAACCCACCAAACAGUAAAAACGGUAACGGGAAAAUCGAAGAGAACGGUGAAACUAGUCAAUCAAAAGUGCUCCGGGACUCGAAUAUUUAUAAAAGCCUUGUCCCAAACAAGACAUCCAUACCACGUCGACCAGUUCGCAUGAAUGGCAGCUACCCCAAAGACGCGGCCGGCUUUUCUGGCAUGAAAGUUCCCACACCAACAAGUAGUUCUAGUAGUCCAGCUCAUAGCAAGGAGGGCUCUCAACCAUCUACCCCACCCAUUGACAUCCUAAACGCCCGAUUUGUUACACAGCCUAAAACCAUCUCAGAUAAGAAAAGUCACUUUCUCAAGACCCUUAGACAGGAGGAGGGGGAGAAAUCAGACAAGAAAGGGCUUGACGGUGAGGAGCUAAUGAAUGGGGUAUCUGGACUUAACCUCAGUGACCAUUCUUCAACACUGUCCAGUUCACUGGAGGCUGAACAGAGGUUGUUACGUGAGAUGGGAUGGAACGAGGCCGAUGAGGAGGAAUACGAGAUCACCGAAGAUGAUAUGAAGGAGUUUGCCAAUCUCUCCAAACAGGUACAGAACCAGCGCCCAAAUGGAUUGCGGAACGGGAUCCCAAGACCCCCAGUGCCCAAAACGUGGAGCCCGCAACAUAUACCUGUGUACACACCCAACACACAGGAGCUCAACGACACACUGUCCUCAUCUGAUUCAGAAUCGGACGCGGAUAACUAGGGAUGGAUGGGAUUAUCAGGAUGGGAUUAUCAGGAAUAAAGAUGCUAUACAUCCGCCUUUCAAAUAUUUCAUAAACAUACAAGGAUUUGAAUACUGAAAUUGUGUUCAGCAACGAAGAUAUUCUGUCAACAACAAGUUUUUAUGAGAAUAUGUGAUAGAAAAUCAGCUUUUAUCAGAAUAUCUUAUAUUCAUCAGGCUUUUAAGAGGAUUUAAUAUUAUCAUUGAUCCAAUUAAUCUGUAAUCACAAGCAAAUCAGUGAUCAUGAGUGAAAUAAUGUUUGAAGCUUUAUACGCAGGAUUUCAACACCAUACAUUCAAGCAGCUUUUGAAGAAGGCGAAUUCUGAAGAUGAAAUAUGUUGUUUUUAUAUUUUACAUGAUGAAGUGUAGUAAUUUUAAUCAACUUGGGUCAUGAAAUAUAUGUGCCAUUGUGAAAAAUGGUCGAAAAUUUAACGAAAUUAAUUUCUAUUAAAUCUGAUUGGGAAUUUGAAAAUGAAAUAAUUCGGUCUCAGUUUUCAGAAAAAUUGAAGUGAAGAUAUUGACUGUUGUUGGGGGAAAAAGUUGUGAUUUUAAGCACUGUGUUGACACAGUAAUGGAGUUAUCAUAGCCACAGGGGGAUAUUAGUGGCGUUAAAUACUUUAUUGAAUGGGUAAAAACUGCUGGAAACAUUGUAUGGAGAAGUCUUGAGUGUUCAUUGUUUGCUCUAGAGCGUUUUAUUUUUAUGCACAUUCAACGUAGGGAUGAAACCCAUCAAGUCCAAGUAUUUUGUAUUCACAGUGAUAAAUUGCUCAUUUGUAAAAUUUGCUCCAGGACAAUUAUGGAGAGACGAUCUUGUUUGGCAGAGAAAAGUAUUAGCUAUAUUUCCGUCUUUUCUCGGCUUGUGUCAGAAAAUGAGUCUUACACGUUACGACGUAGAUUGUUUUCCGAGAACUGAACACAAACCUUACACAAACAUGUUUUUGCUGCCAUAUCAUAUACAUGUGUUGUGUAAACACGAACUCGACAGUGUUUCUUUGGAUGUACGUAGUAACGUACUUGUGUAAUCCAUAGACUAGCUAUGCGCAUAUGUGUGAACAUGUAUGCUUGACAUUAUACAUACGGCAAUUAUCGACUUACUGGUCAAAUAUUAUCACACAUACACAAAUGUUGUAAAUAGAUUAUAUACGUUGGUAAUAGUGUUUUCUAUGAAAAAAAUCGUAUGAGGUGUAUUAUUCCAUAUGAAUGGACAUAUUUUAUGAGAUGAAUUAUUCUUAGCAAGAUAUGUGCUGAUCUUUAUGCAUUUUUGUGUUGAAUAGUCUUUGAAGUAAUCAAUUGGAGUAUUUUUUGUACAAAAAUGUUUGUAAAAUUGUCUUUGUUUUGUUUGUUGAUUUUCACCAUCAUUGUCAAGUAAGCGUGAACUUGGACAUUAAUUUAAUGUACAAUUUUUUUAAAAGCGCGUAAAUUUUACUUGUUUCCCCCCUUUUUUCAUUAAAUUCUUGCUUAUAAUUGUAAAUAACUAUCGCAUGUAACUUUUAAGAAAAUAUGCAAUCUAUCGUCUUCAAGUACUAGAAGGAACUGAAUUUUCAGGAUUUUCUACGUAAACAAUAAAUUAACGAAACAUUGCUUAACAUUGUCUUGAGAGACUCAUUCAUGUUUUAUAGGGUCACAGACAGAAUUUGUUUAUUUUCUAUUUAAUGAGAUCAAAUUGCUUGUUUCAGUGAUAAUACGUCAUCAAAUUAAAGCUCUGUUUUUAAUAAUUAUUUAGAAAUGCGACUGAAAAUGCUCCAUUUUGCUGAUAAGUGUUAGUAACGCUUUUGAAAAUUAUUUUUAUUGGUUCGCUUCUACCAAAUUUUGUUGAAGUGACUGUCUGGUUGCUGUUUGGUAUUUAUUCAUAAAAGUAGUUGAAAUAACUUUAAAAUUUCAACGAAUUUAAAAAAAAUAAUACUUCAACGAAUCAAAAAAAAAAAUGAAAUGUUGGCAACUUAAAAAUUUCAACAAUUUUUAAAAAAAGAAUUGUUGGGAACAUAGAAUAAGUGAAUGAAUCCGUGAAACUAUGUGAAUCCCGUAAAACUAUCAAUAAUAAUAAUAAUAAUAAAGCAUAUGGUAAGCUUGAUGGGUUGAGUGUAAUUAUAUCGUAGAUUCAUUUAGGAAAUUGAUUAAAAUUCUGUCAUCAACACCAUCAUUUUCCUUGAGAAAAAAAAUCAGGGGAUAUAGAUCAGUUUUGAACUUGGCAGCAUCUUUGACUUCUUAGGAAUAUUUAUAGAAUAGUUUUCAUCUGUUAUCAAAAAAACAUGCAGGGUAGGUGAAAGUAUAAUAUGUUUUAACUGUUUAGAAUGAGAGUUAUUGAUUGAAUAUUGAAUUAAUCAAGGAUAAACUGUUUUAAACAGUUGACAUUUAAUUUUAAUUCCUAUCUGGGUUGAUUGUAAACAUACAUGUAUAGCAAUGUGCGAUUCAAAUUUCAUUAGAAAUGUGAAUACAUUAUAAAUGGUAGUUUGCAAAUGGGAUACCGGUAAAGUUGUAAGAAAAUCUUUAAAUUUGAUUUUAUAAGAUAUAUCCUAGAACAAAUUAAAGUUAAAAUGAGCAGCGGAAUGACUUAAUGUUAAAAUUUUGCUGACUGAUUGUAAAUACUUAUUGGAAUCAUGUGGAAAUUGAUGUAAGUAUCGGAGUUAUCUUACCUUGAUUAUAAAUGUGUUCGGCUCCUAUGCUCAGAAUGUGUAGGGCUACUCGCACGAAGAAUGUAUUUUAUUGUUGAAUUUGAGAGAUCUUUAUUUUUUGUAGACAUUUAAGUGCUUUAAAGUUUAAAUAGAUAUUGUUGACAGGUUGCUUAAGGGAGGUCAUCACUAUGAGUCAUUGUCGCACAAAUAUAAUUCAUGAUUUGAACAUCGAAUGAUGCAUGUUUUUCUAUAUGUAACCAGAUUUUUUUCCUUGUAAAAAGGCAUUCUCGAAAUGCCGUUGCUAUUGUUCAAUACAUCAUUAAGUCAUGUAUGUAAAUAAUCGAUGUUAUGUCUCCGCAAAACCCAUGUGAUCUGUAAUAAUCUGCGUGUGAUAACUUUUAUAUAAUCAACUGUUGUAAAUUUUUGAGUGAUUCAGUUGCUUUUAUUUAAUCUGUAGCAAAUGCGGGUGUCGAUUUUGGUUUUAAGUUUGCAAUUUGGCAUAUCAUAAUCAAUUUUCAACUUCAUUUAAGCUGCGCCAUCACAGUUUGACCAUUUUGACCAACUUUUUCAUUUUUUGUCUUUGCAUAAACCAGUUUUUGCGUAAAUAUCUGGAAACCAGUGGUAUGAAUUGGUGACAAGGUAUCAGAUCAACGUUUUUAACAUUUGCAUUCGAAAACUGAAGUUUAAUAACUAAAAUGCUAAAAUUACUCCAUAAUGCUUUAAGAAAAAUGAUAUUUUGGCAUAAAAAUCAAAUUUUCGAACGAAAAUAUGAAAAACUGUGAUCUGAUCUUUUGUCAGUAGUCUUAUAUCACUGGUUUUCAGAUCUUAAGACAAAAAUUGGCUCAUUCUAAGACAAAAAAUAAAAAAGUUGUCAAAACAGUCCAUCUGUGAGAGUGCAGCUUUAAUGGUUCACGUGUUUUUUUGUAUCUAAAUUUGCUUUGGGACCGUGAUCUUUGAGAGUUUUUUUGCUAAGCUACAUGUAUUUGAUUUAAAAUUGUAUAAUUCCAUUUCAUACCCUCUUUGCUACAUUUCUGACCAUCUUUUGCAUUUAAAAACCAAAUUGUAAAUAUGUCCCUACCGACAAAAUUCUCAUUAUGCCAUGACUUAUAAAACCGCUUUUUGUUGGGAUUGUCCAGAAAUUAAUAUCAUUAUAGAUCCAAGUCACCUUAAUGGACAUGUCACAGAAAUUUAAACGGGCCAACAUCAAUUCCAUUUCCCAAAUUUCUCAAACGAUCUUAAUUUCCUUACAACAGGAUCAAACUAAGCUAAAUUACAUUGAUUUGGUAAAGAUAGGGAAUUUUUCUCCUCUUGGAGAGCUUUGAGAAGUAGAAGGAAAUUGUUUAUGAUAAACUAUGGUCUGGUUUAAAAAUUCAAAUUUAAAAAGUAAUUUGGCUGAAAAUAAACCCGUUAUGCUUAAGAUAGAUUGAGAAAUUUAGGUCAGGCUUUUUCAUUCCUUGUAAAACAGUUAAUACAUACUUUUUUUCUUUGGCCUUGUGUAUGCCAUUUAAAUAAUUCAUACUCUAUAAUAUGUAACGUAAAUGGAAAAUAAUGGUAGAUUAAUACAAGUAUGUCUCUAAUAUGUCGAAUAACCCUUGAUCUCAGCAGUGUAGUUUAAUAUGGGGCUGAGUUUAUUGUUCUGCCAGUUAGGGAAAGGUUAGAAAAACUCUGAUUUUUCAAUGGUGAAGUGCUUUGACACAUUUUUUUUCCAUUUAAUAAUAAAUAUAUGACAGAUACAGAGUUUCGUUUUCAGUUUUUGUGUUUUCUUGAAGUAUUGAGGUAUUGUCAUAGCUGAGGCAUCAUUGGCAUUGGCGUGCACAAACUUGAAUCUAUGCCAUAACUGAAACACAGUUUAAGAUUGAAACUUGGUACACAUGUUGCCAGAGACAUAAUGCACAUGGUACAAGCAAGGCCCAUAACUCUGGUUUCAAUAUUUGUUGAGGUAUGGCACUUUUUUAGACAAAUACAAAAGACAAGUUUGCUAUUCGGCACUUUUUUUAAUUUUUAUACAGCUUUGUAUGAAUGGUAAUUUAGGAACUAUCUGACCAAAAAUCCAACGUACUGCUUUAAAUUGUCUGCCUUAUGAAGACCAUGUAUCUUUCAUGUUAAGAAAAUGUACAGACAUGAAUUUAAUACCGGGUUUCUUUGCAUCUUCUUCUGAAGAUCUUUAAUUAAUUUUUUGAAAUCACCUCAAAAGUCAUAGUUUUUUAACUUCUGAUUACUGCUAGAACAAUAACACAGCUCUGUAGACAUUUUGCAUUCAGUCCGACACUUAUUUAUCAUGUGUAUAUAAUUUCUAACUCUUCAUCAAAGUUCAGCUGUUCUCAUAAUCAGUUCAUUACACAUCUUCAAUUAUCUAUACUCAGGCCAUGUAUAGCUGGUAUUUGUAUGAAACUAUGAAGAAAAAACUUUUCACCUAGACAUUGUGUAUCUCGUGUUGUUUUCGUAAAAUGUUUACUAACUUUAUUACUUUUAAAACAGAACAGAACAUUGCAAUUUGUAUUCAGAGUUUAGAAUUUCUUUUCAAAUUAGUUUGAUCAUUUUAUACGAUUGUUGUGCAUGUAAGGAAUUGAUCACUUUUUGUCAGUCAGUAAUAUCUUUGGAGUAUUGAACAUUACUUCAACGGGAAUUAUCAUUUUAUAGUUUUUAUCACUGAACUUUCCAAGAGUCACUGGUGUAUAUGUGUAGAAAAUUGACAUUCUUUAAAUUCAUUUGCUUCUACCACUUUUCAUUGAUUGGUUGUAAACACUCUGAAUUGAUUGGCUGUAAACACUCUGAAUUUAUUGGCUGUUAAGACUCUGAAUUCAUUGGCUGUUCAUUGGCUGUAAACACAGUGAAUUCCAUGACUGUUAACAUUCUGAAUUCAUUGGCUAUUAACACUCUGAAUUGAGUAGCUGUUAUCAGUGUGAUUUGAUUGGCUGUUAACACUUUGAAUUGAUUGGCUGUUAACAAUUUGAAUUCAUUGGAUGCUAAUAAUUCAAAUUGAUUGGCUGUUAUUUUUGGAUGAAUCUUUGUGCAAUUAGUAAUGUAAUUCAGGAAACUGUUGUCCAAUGAUAUUCUCAUUUGUGCGUUAAUUAUGGAUCAUGUAUUUAUAGAAUGGGGAAACUUGUCUUCAAAUGAGAAUUGUAUAAUGAAAUUAUUCAACGUGAUUUUUCUUGGGUAGGUUGCUAUAUGAUUAUAAGAUUAUUGUUUCAAUGUUCUUAGUAUGAAAUCAACUUGUUGUACAGUGUAACAACUUGAUGUUUUUUAAUUUUGUCAUUUUUGUAGUUUUUAAUGAGGAAAAACUAAUCCAUUUUUUUCAAAUUAGUUUAUUAUAAAUAAUUAAAGAAUUUUAAUAUUGAUAUUAAUUUUUUUUCUUAAUAAACAUGCAUAAAUAUAUAUUUUUCUUUGUUUAUAUAAACGUGGACUUGCAAGUAACACUAAAGUAUAAAAUAGUUAACACGUUUACAAUAUUUUUCCCACAAAAUUAUAUUGAAUUGUAACUUUGUAACAAUGCAGUCACCAGAAGUGUUUUGAAUUUUACGCCCAGGCACUUGAUCGAGGUGUCAACACUUGAGGGUAGUUCUUUUAUUUCAUUCUGAAUAUGUUAUAUGGGUAGGAGGACUUGUCACUGCCCUAGGAAUUUUUAUGGAUAAAGUUAUAAAGAACCAUUUUCAAGCAUUUUGGACGCAAACAGUCACAUCAUGUCAACAUUCAUUGAAAAUUUUAGGAAUGAAAUAAAUCUAUGUCUUGAUCGAAGCAGAUAUUUUUCUUUUUAUCAUGUUUUUAAUUCAUCAAAAUCAGUAAUUUGUAUUUAUUUGCAAAAUCACUUCAAAAGUUAGCCAAUUGUUGUCAUUUCCAGUAGUUAAAUCAUAAUUUUCCUCCUAGCAUUGUAUGCGAUAACGUUCAGUUUUAGAAGUGAAACAAGCUAAAAUAAGAGAGAGUAAAAUCAUAUUUUGAUAAACUAUCUUUUUCAAACACGGAUUUUAUCAGGAUAUAAUCACUAAUGAACCAUUGGAAGGUAUGAAAUACUUAAAAGAGUAAGUUAUUUGUUGGUCACAUAUUAACACACAUGUAAGAAAUAUCUCACAUAAUGGCAUUCUUUUUAUUUUCACCUUUUUCUUUGCAUUGUCCAUUUUUACCUAGCUGUUUGAAUCAUUUUCUGCUACAGUAUUUUCUAUUGGUUGGCUGAUUGUUACGUUAUUUUCUAUUGGUUAGCUGAUCUUGCUACAUCAUUUACCAUUGGUUGGCUGAUCUUUGCUACAUUGUUUUCUAUUGGUUGGCUGAUCUUGCUCAGUGUUAAUUCUGUUAAAACAGAACUCCUAUUGUUUCUAUUGCUGAUGCAUAGCUUGAAUGAUAUUUAAAUGCAAGCUACCAACAAUUGUAUAAUUAUAUAUAAACUCAUAUUUUCGUUGAAAAUAUCUGCCAGUUUUACUGAACACCUAGGUGGUACCAUUUUACAUAACAUGGGGGUGUUAAGCUUAUUUACCCCAAUUAUAAUACGUGCAUUAAUAUUAUGAUACACUAUUAUUUAAUAAAAAAUCUUGAACAGUGUUUUGAUCAAAGAGAUGAUUAUUUUGUCAAUUAAUGAUAACAUUUUUAACAAAUAAUUAACAAAUAUUAUUUUUCUAGGUUUAUGAAGUAUUUAUGAACCAUAUUAACUGACAGUUAAUGUCUUAUGACCAUGUAUUGAAAAAAUAAUUUCAAAGAUUUGUAAUUCAUUUCUAUGUGAUUUUUUGUGCAAAACUAUUGUACCAAAAACUUAAAAUCUCAGGCUUAUGCUCAUGUAAAUAAGAGAAUGGGGGAUAAAGGAUUGAUUCACCAUACAUGAAAUAUAUCUACUGUGUAACUUGGUUCAGUAAAACUGGCCUUAUAACAUAACAUGUUGAGCCAGGUGCAGAAUUGAAUUGUAUUCUGACGAUUAUUGAAUCUUGACAGAAAGAUGUAACUAGCUAUUUUGCAAGACAGAUCUUUAUUUCUUGAACGAUAAUAAAUUGCAUUUUGCAAAAUAUCAA